AUGGAUUGCCAAAUCAAGCCCUCACCAGGACUCCUGAUUCUUUUAUGCUCUGUACCAAACAUCUUCUGUCUCUGUCCCUUGAAGUGUUCUUGCAUUAUGAAAAACAGAAAUGUUGACUGUUCGGGCAGCAGUUUGACUGCAUUGCCACAUGGACUCCAGGACAAUAUUAUACAUCUGAACUUGUCUUACAACCAGCUGUCUGAUAUAGACCAUCAAUUGACUAGGUUCACUAACUUGAGGUUUCUAGACCUUUCCCACAACUUGCUCAGCAACCUCCCUUCCCAUUUGCCAAGGUCUCUUUGGGAGUUGUAUGCUUCAAAUAACAGCAUCAAAGUGCUUCAUAAAUUGGACACUACAUACCAGUGGAACUUAAAGGUGCUUGACAUCUCCAAAAACAGCCUGCAGAAGACAGUGUUUAUCAACAAUACACUGAUUAGUCUGCAGCUCCUGAACCUAAGUUACAACCAGCUUUGGACUGUACCAACCAAUAUGCCCAGUAAUAUACUAACAAUAGAUUUAUCCAACAAUUCCUUAACACAGAUAUUGCAAGGAUCAUUGGUGAGAAUGCCUAAGCUGCAGAAACUGUAUUUGCACAACAACAGAUUCACCUACAUACCAACCCAUGCUUUUGACCACCUGACACAUGUAACAGAGAUCACCCUGUACAACAACCCAUGGUCAUGCAAAGACACACAACAUAUGAACUAUAUUAUGGCAUGGGUAGAAGAAAACAAUAAUGUAAUAGGUUCUCCAUGUGCCAAUGACAGAUAUAAAAUUACCAAGCAAUUUUCAACUGAAUAUGAAGCACAAAAUGAAGUCACUACUGACGACAUUCCGUUGUUUACAAACCAUUCACUUUUCUUAGAAGUGCAAGAACCCAAGCAGUACAAAAAGAUACAAUAUCCAGAGGAUUUAACUGCAGCCCCAGUUAACACAAGCAGCUUUCUACAUGUAAGCAAAGAGGACUCUCUAAUGAUAGAUGAAAGCUCUGCAGAUGGAAUGAUUCAUUUAGACUUUAAUUCAUUUGGGAAUGAAAUAGACAAUCUAAUAAAUUCAAAUGAAUUAGAGGAGACUAAAAUGUAUGAUUCCACAGUUAUCGUGAGCUUUGAUAAUGUAAUAAAUAACAAUUUAACCCUGCCAAGCACAACUGUAUCUGUAGAGAUACAAGCCACAACAGUACAACUGAAUGAUCUUGCUCCCUCCUCAGCAGCACAGAAAGAGAAGUGUCUUGCAGUUUUGUUUUCAAUACUCUUCCUUGUUAUAAGGACUGUGUAA